UCUCACCAUCAUCACUCUCUAAAGCAUUGACGAGGCCCGCGACCCACCAACCAAACGAAGCAAAGGGGAAGAAAGGCAAAAGCAAGAAAAGAAAAGAAGAGAAGAAGUAUAACAAACCAUGUCUGCCCAGCAAUCACCCUUCGACGCAGUCGGCAUGCUCCCGGAGCAGGGCCAUCACGCCCAGCACAGCCGGUCCAGCAGCACGCAGUCGUCGUCGAGCAGCGCCGCCGAUGGGGCCGUUCCGGACCUCGUCCGCCUCGACAUGGAGUUCUUCAUGGCCCGGCUGACCAGGACAUCGUCCUCCUCCUCCUCCUCCUCCUCGUCCUCCUCGUCAUCAUCCACCGGCCCGAGCGUCGUCUCUGACAUUUUCGCUGCCUCGAGAUGACAAAGAUGAAAAAAGGGUGGGGAGAGAAGGCGAAAUCGUCUUGUUUUGAUAGCUGGAACAAGCAGGGUGGUCAAGGGGGGGAUUCCAUUCUCGUCGGUAUUUGGCCCUUGAGGGUGGUGGGGAGAAAAGGGGGGGGACAUAUUGGUAUGAGGUG